UCUUUUCAUACUGUGCUCAGGCAAAUCCGGGGUGUUGGGCUUUUUAGUUAUUUUUGAAAAUGUUGGUCGAAUUUUGAGUGUUUCUUCCGCUUCUACAUUUGAAACAGGGUGAUUCUGUCACUGAAGUAUUAUCUCGUGAUUUCUUUUCUUCUUUGAUUUGGCACCAAUCUCCUCGUCUUCUCAGGAGACAUAGUGUCAGAUACAGUGAGAGUGGCAACCUUUUUUUUUUUUUUUCAAUGCUUGUUGGUUUCUGGGAUUUGAUAUUCAUAAGUAAGUUUAGCACAUUUGGAAUAAUGAGUUCUGAUAGUAUUCCAUCCAAAUCGGAGGUUCUGAGCUGGGAUUCACAACGGUUAGCAGAAUUUCUGAAGAAACGGAAUCUAACCGGGUGUGAUAAGGUCGUGACACGGUAUAACAUCAAUGGACAAAGGUUCCUGAGUAUGUCUGACAAUGACCUUCAAAAGUUCCCUAAGCUUCAUGCGCCGCUCAUCUCCAAGAUUUGUCAGGAAAUCAGCAAACAGAAGAAGAAGGGAUUAUUUCUGCCGAUUCCAACAAUAAGGCCAUCACCAGUUCCCAGCUACCCACAACCACCAGUUGAGCACCAUGAAGAUCAAGCGUGGGACUCUGAGGAGUUUGAGAGUGAUGAUGACUACGAGAAUCCUGAUUCGAAUGAUGAAGGUGAAGCUAGCGGUGGAGACUAUGAGUCCCCAGAGGAGGGGUCAGACAGCGAUAACAGCUAUGAGCCUCCACCAACCGAGCCUAAUGAAGACACGGCCCAGAUCUGCCCCGCAAAACCCAUGGAAAACAGCGAUUAUAUUGAUAAUAACCGCACACGUGGAGUGGGCAGAAGUCAACCGCCUGUCCCUCCGGAGCGCCCGGGCCCUGGACCCGCUCUCCCUCCCGUAGAGCGGCCAAGUGUUGGACUACCUAUGAGAGAAGAGCGCCCCCUAAAAAGACCCCCAGCACCUGCUGUGGACCGCAGUACAAAGCCAGGAGCUCUGGACAGAGGCCAACCUCCAGCUGUAGCAGGUGGAAGAGGCACAUGUUCGCUUGACAGAGCUGGCCAACCAAGCCUACCAAGAAGACUCCCUGCAGUGGAGCCGCCAGGAGACCCAAUGAGAAUUCCCAAACCCUCACUUCCUCCAUCAGGGGUGCGCAGAAGCGCCUCCUCUGUUACACCAGGCUACUCUCAAAACAGACAACCUGACCACAGAAAAGAGUUUCAUGAUGACACUGCCAGGCACAACUCCAAUACAUUUCCACUGCACGCCAGGAACCCUUCACCAAGACCGCCAGGAACCCACGGACAGUCCUAUCAAACAGACAAUGCUCACCCCAGUAGAUCACUACCGGCAAAACUGCAGGAGGCAAUGAGCGAUCACCGAAGAAGCGCAAGAGCACCACCUCCUCCAGCAGAUGUGGGCGGCAAGCAGGACAUGGAUCCAGCUUGGUAUGUGGGUCAGGUCACCCGCGGCGAGGCAGAGAGCUGCCUGAGAAGAGUUAACAGGGAUGGGACGUUCCUUGUGCGAGACAGUUCAAAUCAAUCUUCAAACCAGCCCUACACGCUUGUGGUCCUGUACCAGGAUAAAGUUUACAACAUUCAGAUCCGCAGAAAUCCUGAUGGCUUUAUGCUAGGCACUGGUCUGAAAUCCUCAGAGACUUUUAAACAGGUCAGCGACAUUAUCAGCCAGCACAAACACAUGCCACUCCUUCUUAUUAAUGCUAAGAGCCGAGAAGCAAGCCAACAGAACCAGUGUGCUCUGAUUUAUCCAGCUGUAUAUUAAACCUUUAUUCUACAUGAGACUAACGUACAGUUAGUUUCAGCUAUUACAUUUCAUUUCAUUCAGGGGUUUUUUCUCAAACACCAUUCAUAACUGUCAAAAGGUCUGUAAAAAAAAUAUGACUCUGUACAACAUUAUUUUGAAUGCAUAGCUGCACAUUCCAUAGUACUGAAUACGUGUU